AUGUUGCAGUACAUCCCACCUACAACGUUGUUUUCUUCCCAACAACCCCUUCAGCAAGUUGACAAAGCACCCGAACUCAAUGCGGAACAACCUCAGCAAGACCGCGAAGUCAAUACAUCCUUCGCCGUGCAAUACGCCUCCUCCCCCUACCUCACAAGAUCAGACAAUCGAAGCGCAGCAAGCACGUUCGAAAAUGGUGCGAGAGAGUACGCAGAAAAGGUUACGAGAACAGGAGGAUAUACACCAGAAGGCCUAGGCUGGAUCGAAAAGACGAGGAUGGAGGAGAUGGAUUGGAAAUGGGCAAAAGACCCCCUCGUUAGCAGUGAUAUGACUUGGAAACGAGAAUACGAGACUAUGAAGCACAGUUUGGAUGAAAUUGCGCACGAGCAAGAUGGGGGGAAUGUUCUGACGAAGGGGGUUGCGGUACAUAAGAAGGUGUUGAGGGGAAAGGAUGAGCAAACUGAGGAGCUUCAGAUACAGCUACUUGAGAUGCAUGAGACACACGAAGUCAUGAAGUUGCUGCACGAUACAUCACAAACGAUGACCGCUCUCUCAACCUAG